UCUUAGCUUACAAGUGAAAGAGGAAAACAGUUGCAGUGCAGAGACUUUAACAUUGCUAUAAGAAGAGAGUGUGUUUAUGUUUUUGUGAGAGAAUCAUAUAAAAGAAAGAAUACUUUAGAAUCUCAAACUUUUUGAAUUUUUUCUUUGAUUUGAUUCUCAUCCAGCACAUUUGUUCAUUUCUAUGUUUAUGUUUGGAGGUGAAAGUUUUAUGUGGAUUCACCGUUAUCUUCAUCUUUUCAUUCCGAUUAGAACAAUCAUUUUUUCCCCUACAUAAUCUGCCGCUCCAUACAUUUGAAACUUAGAGUAUAGAAAACCUUAUAAUGGGUAUCAGAUACGAGGAAAUGACAAGCGCAGAGAUGGAACAAUCAGGUCGAAGACCUCCAGUUAAUUUUCUGUCUAGCGAACUAGAUGAACUUGAGAACCGACCACGGGAGAUAUUGGGGCAAGGAUCAUUCGGAGUAGUGUUUAAAGGGUCAAUUCCAGAAAACAACAGAUGGGAGCUUCCGACGCAGGAAAUUGCCAUUAAAGUAAACACAGGAACAAAGAAAAUAAUUGAAUUCAAUAUGGAAAGAUGCAUUCUCGAAUCAAUCGAGCACCCAAACAUUAUAAAGCUAGUCGGGUUUGCUGAUGACAACAACAGACUUUGUUUGGUGUAUGAAUAUAUGAGAAGAGGAACUCUAAAAAUCAACAUUUCAGAUUUGUGUUGGCCUAAAACCUUGCAAAUAAUGAGAGACAUGGCAUCAGUGAUAUGUCAUUUGCAUCAACAAGACCCACCAAUCAUUUUUAGAGACCUUAAAUCUGAAAAUAUCUUGAUGGAUGAGAAUUUCGAUCCCAAGUUAAGCGAUUUCGGACUAGCUAAAAGAGGAAAAGAAGGGUUAAAAUGUGGAGGUACAGAAGGUUCAUCAGAUGUUACUGCCAUUUACGGAUCUGCAACACCGCUAUGCGAUAUAUACAGCAUUGGGAUAUUGAUCCUUGAAUUGCUUGCAAAUAAGGUGUUCAAAGACCGGGGGAAAUUACUGGCUUGGGUAAAAGGAAAAGCAUUGGUUAAGGGAAAGGUCAGAAACGUCAAGAGUGUCCUUCGUAAGAAUUUACUUACAAGUGGUUGUACAGUGAAGAAUGCAAGAAGAGCUAUUAAGCUUGGGCUACAAUGUGCAAGCUAUAAAAAUGAUGAUAGGCCAAAAAUGCAUUAUAUUUGUAAAGAGCUGAGCAAGUUGGGAGUAAUGAGAAGUUUAACUUCAUGUUGCCUUAAUUUUUUCGAUCUGUUCGCAAUCAGGUAGCUAAGCUGCUGCAGAAAAUGUAACUUCUACAAGUGCAAGGUAGCACAGAUCGUACUGUUCGUUGUCUCCUACUGCUGAUGACAACUCAAUGCAAGAUCCCUCCAAGAAUCAGAAUAUGUUCUUCUUCCAAAUUGCACUUCCCUUUCGAAUAAGGGGAAAAUGGGAGACUUUCAGUUCUUUUAUUUCAUGUUCUGGUAGAUAUGCAAGUGUAUUUGUUCUUUUUGUUGUAUGUUUGAAAAUACUACUCUCUUCCGUUUUUCCAUAAUAUAUUGGAAGUGAGCAAUUUUGAUGACUAUAAUGCUAAAUAUAUGGAAAAUUGAAAUGGA